CCUUCACAGGGAAGUAAGUGGGAGGGAGGAAUAGAGCGAGGCGGCAGAAUUCCAAGACUUUGGAAAUUUGUCCCAUCCCAGCCGUGAACUCGGCGCCACAGCUCCUUUGGGUCGAGACCGAGAGGGUGCUCGCUCGCCUUCCUGCCUUCCCGUUCUGUCCUGAACCCCUUUCCCCACCCUUUGGGAUCUUAUCGAGGAUAAUGACCACGAGUCUUCUUGCUGACAUCUACAACUGAUACAUUUCUUUCUUUCCUGCCACUUCAGAAGAAAGUCGAGUGUGGAGCGGGCGCCGCAUCAGCUCAGGAUGACACGGCAUCGGCUGAUACCGCUCUGCGCCCUUGUGGGGGUCCUGCUUGCAGGAUUUCUUCCAAACCUCCAAGCGCAGGAGGCGCAAGAUUCCGCAGACCUUGUACUCUUAAUUGAUGGAUCGCAGAACGUUGGAGCAGCAAACUUUCCAUACGUGCGUGAAUUGGCAUUGAGAAUCAUUGAGCGCCUCGAUGUGGGCAGGGAGGCCGUUCGGGUGGCCUUGGCCCUGUACCACGCCAACCCAGAGAUUAAGUUCUAUCUCAGUACCUAUGAGAGCAAAGCAUCCGUCCUGGAGGCUGUGAAGGAACUUGCAUACUCAGGGAGUCCCCAAUCUAACCUGGGCCUGGCCUUGGAAGAAGUAGCCCAGAGCCUUUUGAGCCAAUCGGCAGGGGGCAGGGCAGAGGAGGGCGUUCCCCAGAUGGUGGUGGUUAUCAGUGCUGGCCCAUCCACUGACGAUACCGGCGCCGGCGACCGGUCCCUUAAGCGGGCCGGAGUGGUCACGUUUGGCGUGGCCAUCGGUAACACCGCCCCUGCAGAUUUGGAAGCGGUCGCAACCGAUAGGUCGUUUGUCCUGUCGGCCCCUGAUUUCAGAACAGUGACGAGCACGGUUGACCAGCUGAUGCCGUUUGUUCAGGGUGUGGUCCAGCGCACCAUUAUAAUACAGAAUGAGUUCACAGAAGUUGUGGCCGUUGGACCAAGAGACAUCAUUUUCCUCCUUGACAGCACAAUGGGCGCCACUGUUAUCAACUCCGUACGAGAGUUCAUCCGGAGGUUCGUCGACACCAUGCCCAUCGGCCCAGACGGCGUGCAAGUGGGUGUGGCUCAGUUCAGCGAUACCCCCCGAAUGGAGAUCGAUCUCAACUCCUAUGGAACCAGGGAUGAGCUCAUGUCCGCUUUGGGUCGAAUCAAACCCAGACAGGGCCAAUCAGUCAACAUCGGAGCCGCCUUGGACUUUGUGAGGACCAACAUGCUGCGGCCUGACAAGGGCAGUCGUCUUCAACAAGGCGCCCCGCAGCUUGUGCUCUUGAUGACAUCAAAAAAGUCCUCCGACGAAGCCAUCGGGCCGGCCAGGGCUCUGCAGCGAAUGGGCGUAUUGACCAUGGCCGCAGGUUCCAAGACGGCCGACAAGGAAGAGCUGAAAGAGAUCGCCUUUGACGAGAGUGUCUUGUUCCUAAUGGCGGACUUCCGCAAGCUACUCCGCAGCCCCAAGAUAAUCAUUACCCCGCUUUCCACUCUCGCUGGCGUCGUGGUGACUGAAGUACCCACUGAGCCAGUGGUGGAGAUAACAACAGUGCAGACCCAAAGAGUGAUCAGAGACAUCGUCUUCCUCGUGGAUGGCUCCAACUACAUCGGCAGCAAUAACUUUCCCUAUGUGCGAGACUUUAUGAUUAACGUGGUCAAUCAACUGGAAGUGAACCCUGAGAGAGUCCAAAUUGGCCUCAUGCAGUUUGCCGAGCAGCCCAAAAUUGAGUUUUAUCUCAACACCCUGAGCGACAGGCAAAGUGUCGUGGACCGGAUUUCACAACUCAGACUGACCGGAGGCGCCGUUUUGAAUACGGGCGCCGCCAUGGAGUUUGCCCUCCGUAACAUGUUUAGUACGAGGGCGGGCUCACGUAAGAGGCAAGGAGUCCAGCAGGUGUUGGUUCUGAUCACGGGUGGUCCGACCCAGGAUGCGAUAAAGAGUGUUGCUGAUAAGGUGGCUCUUGAAGGUGUUCUGACCUUUGUGGUCAGUUCAGGGCAAGCAGACCAGGCUGUGCUGCAAACGGUGGCCUUUGUUCCAGACUUGGCUUACCAUGAGGCUAAUUUUGCUUAUUUGCCAGCUAUGGCUGAACAAAUCAUGCCAAAAUUAAUCACGGUGGUCGGAGAUACGGACUUGACAACAACCACUGAAGAAGUCGCCGUGACUGGAUCCGAAAGGGACGUCGCCUUCCUUAUUGAUGGUACCGACUCCGUUCGGUCAGACUUUGCUUACGUCCGGGAUUUUAUCCUCAAAGUCAUUGAACCGCUUGACAUCGGGCGUGACAAGGUGCGAGUAGCGGUGGUUCAGCACAGCGAGAGGCCAACACCGAACUUCUAUCUGAACACCUAUCAGACCAAAGAGGAGGUUGUGGGAGCCGUCAGUCAAAUGACACUGGCCGGAGGACGUAGUCUCAACACAGGCUCGGCUCUCAAGUUCAUGCGGGACAAUAUCUUGUCGGAGGCCUACGGCAGCCGUAGGGCGCAAGGUGUCCCGCAGUUUCUGAUCGUUCUGACCGGAAGCCGAUCCAGGGACAAUGUGAAGGAGCCUGCCGGCGUGCUGAAGACCGAGGGCGUUGUGCCGUUCGGCGUAGGCGUCAAGGACGCUGACCAAAAGCAGAUCGAGGAGAUUUCACACAACCCUUCGUUUGCCUUCAAAGUGAAGGAAUUUAGCGAACUCGACACCGUGCCUCAACGACUCAAUAACUACGUGGCCCUUCCGAGAGCCGAGCUCGACAUCGUCCUGCGGGAAGUACAAGGUCAUGGUGUAAAAAGGGAUAUUGUGUUCCUACUGGAUGGCUCUGAAAACACAAGAAAUGGGUUUUCAGACAUCAAACUCUUCCUUAAGAGCAUAGUGGAGAGUCUCUAUGUCAGUGAAAACCAAGACAGGGUGUCUGUGGUUCAAUUUGCCGAAAAGCCCAAUGUCAACUUUUAUCUGAACUCCCACAAGAGCGAGAGCGACGUUAUGAAUGCCAUUGACAAUUUGAGGCACGGUGGUGGAGGGAGACGCCUUAAUGUCGGGGCUGCACUGCAGUUUGUGAGACACAGUGUCUUUACGUCCUCCUCCGGCAGCAGGAGGCUGGAAGGAGUGCCGCAGAUUUUGAUUCUUCUAACUACCGUACCAUCGGCCGAUGACGCGAGGAGCCCAGCUCUCGCGCUUAAGGACCACGAAAUUAUGUCUGUGGGGAUCGGAGUGGGCGAUUCCGAUUUUUCUGAUUUGGAAAUGGUUGCCUUUGAGCCAAGUUUCAUAUACAAGGUCAUUCGUCUUUCCAACUUGCCCUCGAUCCAAUCUAAACUCAUUGCUGCACUGAACUCAAACAAAGAUCCCACAGAAUCCACAUCUGAUUUAAUAGGCCGCACUAAGAGGGACAUAGUGUUCCUUGUCGACGGUUCAGACGACUCGAGAAACGGACUACCGGCAAUCCGGGAGUUCAUCAGAAGAAUGGUAGAAGAGCUGGACAUUGACGACGAUAAGGUCCGAGUGGCCGUCCUUCAAUAUAGCGACGACACCAGCGUUUACUUCAACUUGGCAGCCCACGAUUCCAAACGAGCCAUCGUCUAUGCCGUUAGAAGCCUUCGUCAUAAAGGAGGGAGGCCAAGGAACACUGGAGCUGCACUUGAGUUUUUGCGGGAUUUCAUUGUCAACGCUGACUCCGGAAGCAGGGUUGUCCAGGGAGUCCCUCAGAUUCUGUUUUUAUUGACCGGAGGCGAAUCCGCUGAUGACGUUUCGGCAGCUGCAGCUGGCCUCCAUCAACUUGGCGUUCUGUCUUUUGCUAUUGGAAUGAAAAACGCUCAACAAGAGGAGCUCGAGAAAAUCGCCUCCUCUUCGGCUUAUAUUUUCAAUCUACCCUUUUUUGGUGAACUUUUGUCUGUCCAACAAGAGAUAGUGUCAUUUGUUCAGGUGGGGAAAGCACUUGAGCCUCCUCUAGUGGAACAAGAGUCCCCACAAAGAGACAUUGUGUUUCUGGUGGAUGGUUCAGAUGAAACUCGGAGUGGAUUCCCAGCCAUUAAAAGUUUCAUUAAACAAGUGGUUGAAACACUCACUGUGGGUGAGAACGAGGACCAGGUCUCUGUGGUUCAGUAUAGCAGCGAUCCACAGUUGCACUUUAGUUUCGACACCUAUGCUGAUUCACAAGAUGUCCUUACUACUGUCGAGCAGUUGAAACACAAAGGUGGUGGGCCUCUUAACACUGGGGCAGCUCUUGAAUAUGUGAGGACCAACGCCUUUUCAGAGUCCUCUGGGAGCCGGCACAACCAAGGUGUGCCUCAGAUAUUGAUUCUAUUGAGUGGAGGGGCAUCUCAAGAUGAGGUCACGAGCGCUGCGGCUGCUCUUAAACAAGACCAAGUUGUCACCUUCUGUGUUGGAACCAAAAAUUCCGAUCUGCUCGAGCUACAAACAAUUGCGGAUGUACCAUCCUAUGCCUUUGCUCUGCGACAAUUUGAGGAUACUGGAAGAAUCUAUCAGCAGCUAGUUUCUUUUGUGAAAAGAGUGCCUCGGCAGACCGUAUCAAAGCCUCCCACUGUAUUAGAUUCCAUGAGACGGGACAUUGUAUUUUUACUUGACGGAACCGAUAAAUCUGAACCAAGAUUCCAAGAUAUUAAGGAUUUUGUGUUAGGGGUAGUAGCAGAGCUUCACAUUGAUGAAAACAACGACCAGGUGGCUUUGGUUCAGUACAGUGACACGGCACAGAUUCACUUUGACUUGAAGCGGUUUUCCUCGCCGGACUCUGUUGUCAGCACAAUAAGAGAUCUAGCUCACAAAGGCGGUUCACCAAACAACAUUGGCGCAGCCCUCCAAUAUUUGAGGGAGCGUAUUUUUACGCCUGAUGCAGGUAGUAGAUUCCCUCAGGGUGUUCCACAAAUCCUUUUUGUGCUGAGCAACGAAAGGUCAGCCGAUGACAUAAGAGCACCCGUCAGAAUGCUGAAAGACGUCGGUGUGAUAAUAAUUGCCAUUGGGACAGCUACUGCCGACACCCUAGAACUUCAAACAAUGUCUCACGAUGCUAAAUAUGCAUUUUCUGUGAGCGAUUACAAGGAACUCCUUGUUGCUAAAGAAAGCGUAUUGUCGCUACUUAAAGAGGCAGACCACCAUUUAGAACAAUCAGCCCCAGUGGAGAGUUUUGAACCAAGGAAAAAUGAUGUAGUGUUUCUGAUCGAUGGAUCAUAUGACUCACGAAACGAUUUCGAAGCGAUACGACAAUUUAUCGAGCAAAUGGCAGAAACCUUGAACUUUGACGGCAGAGACCGGAUGGCCGUCGUUCAAUACAGCCGCAAUUCCACCGUCAAUUUCUACUUGAAUUCUUAUUCGUCUAAGACGGAUGUGCUCAAUUCCAUCCGAAACAUUGGGCAUAAGUACGGCAGACCCCUCUACCUUGGCAAAGCGCUGGAGUUUGUCAGAGACAACGUAUUUGCCGCUUCGGUCGGAGGCCGACGCGCAUCUCUGGUUCCUCAGUAUCUGUUUGUCUUUAGUGGCGGCAGGUCCAAGGACGAUGUAAGAGGGCCAGCACAAUCCCUCAAGAAAAAUGGAAUAAGGACGUUCUCGAUUGGAACAAAGAAUGCAGAUACAUUGGAGAUGCAAAACAUUUCCUUUACACCCUCACAUUAUUUUUCCGUCACAAGCUUUACUAAUCUGCCAAGUGUUCAUGAGUCUGUCAAAGCCAUGAUGAAAGAUGUUGAUGAUACAACCGGAUAUACACCUUCUGUUGGUACCUCCACAGUAACACAAUUAGAACUUGGUGGUCCUGCUGAUAUUGUUUUUCUACUCGCUGGAUCUGAUGAUAUGCGAGCAAAUGAAGGACCCGUUUUGGACUUUGUGAGAGACUUUGUUCAACAAGUCGAAAUUGGGCCAGGCAAUGUACAAGUUGCUGUAAUUCAGUACAGCACAGUGCCCACAGCUGAGUUUGUCUUAAACUCUUACGGCCAGAAAGAUGAUCUAAUGGCUCAGCUUAGUAAUGUAAAACUAAGAGGAGGGUCCACAGUGAACACCGGUGAAGCCCUUCAAUAUGCGAGAAAUUACAUGUUUACGGCAUCAGCUGGAAGCAGAGCCCAGCAGGGAAUACCUCAAACAAUGAUUGUCUUAAGUGGCAAAAAGUCUGACGACAGUGUUGCAGAGCCGCUGAAUGGCCUGAGAGAGGCUGGCAUUGACCUUUACAGCAUUGGAAUGAAUGGUGCGGAUAAACAAGAAAUGCAGGAAAUUUCACAAAAUGUUGAAACUGCAUAUUUUGUCCAAGCACCAUCCGAUUUCCCUGUUGUAAUGCAACAAUUGCUCUCUGCAAUUUUAUCCCAUAGAAGCAUAACCGAGCCUGGUUUUGGUGUAACUGACACCAAAAAAGAUAUUGUAUUCCUCCUGGAUGGUUCUGAUGGAACAAGAAGUGGCUUCCCUGCCAUGCGCAAUUUUGUUGAGCAAGUGGUGGAAAAGCUCAAUGUGGGUGAAAACAAAGACCGUGUCUCUGUGGUCCAGUACGGCAGAGAUCCUGAGGCCAAUUUCUAUCUGAACGCAUACACCACAAAAGAAGAGGUUGUGGAUGCAGUCAGAGGGCUCACACACAAAGGAGGCAGACCCCUCAACACUGGGGCUGCUCUCCGAUACAUGAGCGACAAGGUCUUUACAAACUCCACAGGGAGUAGGCGCCUCCAAGGUGUUCCACAGAUCUUAAUCUUAAUAAAUAGCAGAGGAUCUUUUGACAGUGUGGAUGCGCCAGCCUCUGCCCUCAAACUGCAAGGCAUUUAUACAAUCGGCAUUGGAACUCGGAGCUCUGACAAGAACGAGCUGCAGAAGAUAUCCCAUGACCCAAGCUAUGCCUUAGCAGUACUUGACUUUGCUAGUUUACAGAAUGUCCAAGAACAGUUCUCCUCUGUAAUGGGCAGAGUGAUAAGGGCUGCAACCAUGUCAAUAAAAAUGAACGAAAAGAGGCGGGGAAGGGAUAUGGUUUUCUUGUUGGACGGCUCCGACGCCACAAGAAACUCAUUCCCAGCUAUGAGAGACUUUGUCCAAAGAGUCGUAGAGACACUGAGUUUGGAUGACGACAAAGAUCGCGUCUCCCUGGUUCAGUACAGCAGAGACGCGGCUGUCCAGUUCUAUCUGAACACAUACACCACAAAGGGCGAGAUCCUUGACAUUGUCAGAGGACUGAGGCACAGAGGCGGAAGACCCCUCAACACCGGAGCAGCUCUCCAGUACUUGAGGGACAAUGUCUUCACAGCCUCUGCCGGCAGCAGACGCCUCCAAGGCGUCCCGCAGGUCCUAAUCCUGCUGAGCGGCGGAAGGUCUCUUGACAGCGUGGAUGCGCCAGCUUCUGCUCUCAAACAGCUAGGAGUGCUGAUCUUUGCCAUCGGAAGCAGGAGCUCCGAUAGCGGAGAGCUGCAGAAGAUAGCCCACGACCCCCGAUUUGGGCUAUCGGUGCCUGAAUUCACUGACCUCCCCAGUGUGCAACAACAGCUUCAGUCCUCCGUGGAGGCUGUGGUGAUUGACGUCACCCCAGAAACGCCAUCAGUCAUUGCUGAAGCCAAAAAGGAUGUUGUCUUCCUUCUGGACGGUUCUGACGGAACAAGGAAUGGCUUCCCGGCCAUGCGCAAUUUUGUUGAGCAAGUGGUGGAGAAGCUCAAUGUGGGCGUAAACAAAGACCGUGUCUCUGUGGUCCAGUACGGCAGAGAUCCAGAGACCAGUUUCUAUCUGAACACGUACACCGCGAGAGAGGAUGUUGUGAAUGCGCUCAGAGGACUCAGACACAGAGGAGGCAGACCCCUCAACACUGGGGCCGCCCUCCAAUAUGUCAGGGACAACGUCUUUACAAACUCCUCAGGGAGCAGGCGCUCGCAAGGUGUUCCGCAGAUCUUGAUCCUGCUAAAUGGCGGCCGCUCUUUUGACAGCGUUGCUGCGCCAGCCUCUGCUCUCAAACAGCAGGGCGUCUUUACCAUCAGCAUUGGAACCCAGAACUCUGACAGCAGCGAGCUGCAAAAGAUAGCCCAUGACCCUAGUCAUGCUCUAGCAGUGUCUGAGCUCACUGACCUCCCCAGUGUCCAAGACCAGCUCUCCUCGGUAAUAAACAGGGUACUCAGAGCCACGCCCAUGACACCAACAGUGACCGCGGAGAGACCGAGAGGAAGGGAUGUGGUUUUCUUGUUGGACGGCUCUGAGGCCACAAGAAACUCAUUCCCAGCUAUGAGGGACUUUGUCCAAAGAGUCGUAGAGACACUGAGUUUGGAUGACGACAAAGAUCGCGUCUCCCUGGUUCAGUACAGCAGAGAUGCGGCUGUCCAGUUCUAUCUGAACACAUACACCACAAAGGGCGAGAUCCUUGACAUUGUCAGAGGACUGAGGCACAGAGGCGGAAGACCCCUCAACACCGGGGCAGCUCUCCAGUACUUGAGGGACAAUGUCUUCACAGCCUCUGCCGGCAGCAGACGCCUCCAAGGCGUCCCGCAGGUCCUAAUCCUGCUGAGCGGCGGAAGGUCUCUUGACAGCGUGGAUGCGCCAGCUUCUGCUCUCAAACAGCUGGGAGUGCUGAUCUUUGCCAUCGGAAGCAGGAGCUCCGAUAGCGGAGAGCUGCAGAAGAUAGCCCACGACCCCCGAUAUGCGCUAUCGGUGCCUGAAUUCACUGACCUCCCCAGUGUCCAACAACAGCUUCAGUCCUCCGUGGAGGCUGUGGUGAUUGACGUCACCCCAGAAACGCCAUCAGUCAUUGCUGAAGCCAAAAAGGAUGUUGUCUUCCUUCUGGACGGUUCUGACGGAACAAGGAAUGGCUUCCCGGCCAUGCGCAAUUUUGUUGAGCAAGUGGUGGAGAAGCUCAAUGUGGGCGUAAACAAAGACCGUGUCUCUGUGGUCCAGUACGGCAGAGAUCCAGAGACCAGUUUCUAUCUGAACACGUACACCGCGAGAGAGGAUGUUGUGAAUGCGCUCAGAGGACUCAGACACAGAGGAGGCAGACCCCUCAACACUGGGGCCGCCCUCCAAUAUGUCAGGGACAACGUCUUUACAAACUCCUCAGGGAGCAGGCGCUCGCAAGGUGUUCCGCAGAUCUUGAUCCUGCUAAAUGGCGGCCGCUCUUUUGACAGCGUUGCUGCGCCAGCCUCUGCUCUCAAACAGCAGGGCGUCUUUACCAUCAGCAUUGGAACCCAGAACUCUGACAGCAGCGAGCUGCAAAAGAUAGCCCAUGACCCUAGUCAUGCUCUAGCAGUGUCUGAGCUCACUGACCUCCCCAGUGUCCAAGACCAGCUCUCCUCGGUAAUAAACAGGGUACUCAGAGCCACGCCCAUGACACCAACAGUGACCGCGGAGAGACCGAGAGGAAGGGAUGUGGUUUUCUUGUUGGACGGCUCUGAGGCCACAAGAAACUCAUUCCCAGCUAUGAGGGACUUUGUCCAAAGAGUCGUAGAGACACUGAGUUUGGAUGACGACAAAGAUCGCGUCUCCCUGGUUCAGUACAGCAGAGAUGCGGCUGUCCAGUUCUAUCUGAACACAUACACCACAAAGGGCGAGAUCCUUGACAUUGUCAGAGGACUGAGGCACAGAGGCGGAAGACCCCUCAACACCGGGGCAGCUCUCCAGUACUUGAGGGACAAUGUCUUCACAGCCUCUGCCGGCAGCAGACGCCUCCAAGGCGUCCCGCAGGUCCUAAUCCUGCUGAGCGGCGGAAGGUCUCUUGACAGCGUGGAUGCGCCAGCUUCUGCUCUCAAACAGCUGGGAGUGCUGAUCUUUGCCAUCGGAAGCAGGAGCUCCGAUAGCGGAGAGCUGCAGAAGAUAGCCCACGACCCCCGAUACGCGCUAUCGGUGCCUGAAUUCACUGACCUCCCCAGUGUCCAACAACAGCUUCAGUCCUCCGUGGAGGCUGUGGUGAUUGACGUCACCCCAGAAACGCCAUCAGUCAUUGCUGAAGCCAUAAAGGAUGUUGUCUUCCUUCUGGACGGUUCUGACGGAACAAGGAAUGGCUUCCCGGCCAUGCGCAAUUUUGUUGAGCAAGUGGUGGAGAAGCUCAAUGUGGGCGUAAACAAAGACCGUGUCUCUGUGGUCCAGUACGGCAGAGAUCCAGAGACCAGUUUCUAUCUGAACACGUACACCGCGAGAGAGGAUGUUGUGAAUGCGCUCAGAGGACUCAGACACAGAGGAGGCAGACCCCUCAACACUGGGGCCGCCCUCCAAUAUGUCAGGGACAACGUCUUUACAAACUCCUCAGGGAGCAGGCGCUCGCAAGGUGUUCCGCAGAUCUUGAUCCUGCUAAAUGGCGGCCGCUCUUUUGACAGCGUUGCUGCGCCAGCCUCUGCUCUCAAACAGCAGGGCGUCUUUACCAUCAGCAUUGGAACCCAGAACUCUGACAGCAGCGAGCUGCAAAAGAUAGCCCAUGACCCUAGUCAUGCUCUAGCAGUGUCUGAGCUCACUGACCUCCCCAGUGUCCAAGACCAGCUCUCCUCGGUAAUAAACAGGGUACUCAGAGCCACGCCCAUGACACCAACAGUGACCGCGGAGAGACCGAGAGGAAGGGAUGUGGUUUUCUUGUUGGACGGCUCUGAGGCCACAAGAAACUCAUUCCCAGCUAUGAGGGACUUUGUCCAAAGAGUCGUAGAGACACUGAGUUUGGAUGACGACAAAGAUCGCGUCUCCCUGGUUCAGUACAGCAGAGAUGCGGCUGUCCAGUUCUAUCUGAACACAUACACCACAAAGGGCGAGAUCCUUGACAUAGUCAGAGGACUGAGGCACAGAGGCGGAAGACCCCUCAACACCGGGGCAGCUCUCCAGUACUUGAGGGACAAUGUCUUCACAGCCUCUGCCGGCAGCAGACGCCUCCAAGGCGUCCCGCAGGUCCUAAUCCUGCUGAGCGGCGGAAGGUCUCUUGACAGCGUGGAUGCGCCAGCUUCUGCUCUCAAACAGCUGGGAGUGCUGAUCUUUGCCAUCGGAAGCAGGAGCUCCGAUAGCGGAGAGCUGCAGAAGAUAGCCCACGACCCCCGAUAUGCGCUAUCGGUGCCUGAAUUCACUGACCUCCCCAGUGUCCAACAACAGCUUCAGUCCUCCGUGGAGGCUGUGGUGAUUGACGUCACCCCAGAAACGCCAUCAGUCAUUGCUGAAGCCAAAAAGGAUGUUGUCUUCCUUCUGGACGGUUCUGACGGAACAAGGAAUGGCUUCCCGGCCAUGCGCAAUUUUGUUGAGCAAGUGGUGGAGAAACUCAAUGUGGGCGUAAACAAAGACCGUGUCUCUGUGGUCCAGUACGGCAGAGAUCCAGAGACCAGUUUCUAUCUGAACACGUACACCGCGAGAGAGGAUGUUGUGAAUGCGCUCAGAGGACUCAGACACAGAGGAGGCAGACCCCUCAACACUGGGGCCGCCCUCCAAUAUGUCAGGGACAACGUCUUUACAAACUCCUCAGGGAGCAGGCGCUCGCAAGGUGUUCCGCAGAUCUUGAUCCUGCUAAAUGGCGGCCGCUCUUUUGACAGCGUUGCUGCGCCAGCCUCUGCUCUCAAACAGCAGGGCGUCUUUACCAUCAGCAUUGGAACCCAGAACUCUGACAGCAGCGAGCUGCAAAAGAUAGCCCAUGACCCUAGUCAUGCUCUAGCAGUGUCUGAGCUCACUGACCUCCCCAGUGUCCAAGACCAGCUCUCCUCGGUAAUAAACAGGGUACUCAGAGCCACGCCCAUGACACCAACAGUGACCGCGGAGAGACCGAGAGGAAGGGAUGUGGUUUUCUUGUUGGACGGCUCUGAGGCCACAAGAAACUCAUUCCCAGCUAUGAGGGACUUUGUCCAAAGAGUCGUAGAGACACUGAGUUUGGAUGACGACAAAGAUCGCGUCUCCCUGGUUCAGUACAGCAGAGAUGCGGCUGUCCAGUUCUAUCUGAACACAUACACCACAAAGGGCGAGAUCCUUGACAUUGUCAGAGGACUGAGGCACAGAGGCGGAAGACCCCUCAACACCGGGGCAGCUCUCCAGUACUUGAGGGACAAUGUCUUCACAGCCUCUGCCGGCAGCAGACGCCUCCAAGGCGUCCCGCAGGUCCUAAUCCUGCUGAGCGGCGGAAGGUCUCUUGACAGCGUGGAUGCGCCAGCUUCUGCUCUCAAACAGCUGGGAGUGCUGAUCUUUGCCAUCGGAAGCAGGAGCUCCGAUAGCGGAGAGCUGCAGAAGAUAGCCCACGACCCCCGAUACGCGCUAUCGGUGCCUGAAUUCACUGACCUCCCCAGUGUCCAACAACAGCUUCAGUCCUCCGUGGAGGCUGUGGUGAUUGACGUCACCCCAGAAACGCCAUCAGUCAUUGCUGAAGCCAAAAAGGAUGUUGUCUUCCUUCUGGACGGUUCUGACGGAACAAGGAAUGGCUUCCCGGCCAUGCGCAAUUUUGUUGAGCAAGUGGUGGAGAAACUCAAUGUGGGCGUAAACAAAGACCGUGUCUCUGUGGUCCAGUACGGCAGAGAUCCAGAGACCAGUUUCUAUCUGAACACGUACACCGCGAGAGAGGAUGUUGUGAAUGCGCUCAGAGGACUCAGACACAGAGGAGGCAGACCCCUCAACACUGGGGCCGCCCUCCAAUAUGUCAGGGACAACGUCUUUACAAACUCCUCAGGGAGCAGGCGCUCGCAAGGUGUUCCGCAGAUCUUGAUCCUGCUAAAUGGCGGCCGCUCUUUUGACAGCGUUGCUGCGCCAGCCUCUGCUCUCAAACAGCAGGGCGUCUUUACCAUCAGCAUUGGAACCCAGAACUCUGACAGCAGCGAGCUGCAAAAGAUAGCCCAUGACCCUAGUCAUGCUCUAGCAGUGUCUGAGCUCACUGACCUCCCCAGUGUCCAAGACCAGCUCUCCUCGGUAAUAAACAGGGUACUCAGAGCCACGCCCAUGACACCAACAGUGACCGCGGAGAGACCGAGAGGAAGGGAUGUGGUUUUCUUGUUGGACGGCUCUGAGGCCACAAGAAACUCAUUCCCAGCUAUGAGGGACUUUGUCCAAAGAGUCGUAGAGACACUGAGUUUGGAUGACGACAAAGAUCGCGUCUCCCUGGUUCAGUACAGCAGAGAUGCGGCUGUCCAGUUCUAUCUGAACACAUACACCACAAAGGGCGAGAUCCUUGACAUUGUCAGAGGACUGAGGCACAGAGGCGGAAGACCCCUCAACACCGGGGCAGCUCUCCAGUACUUGAGGGACAAUGUCUUCACAGCCUCUGCCGGCAGCAGACGCCUCCAAGGCGUCCCGCAGGUCCUAAUCCUGCUGAGCGGCGGAAGGUCUCUUGACAGCGUGGAUGCGCCAGCUUCUGCUCUCAAACAGCUGGGAGUGCUGAUCUUUGCCAUCGGAAGCAGGAGCUCCGAUAGCGGAGAGCUGCAGAAGAUAGCCCACGACCCCCGAUACGCGCUAUCGGUGCCUGAAUUCACUGACCUCCCCAGUGUCCAACAACAGCUUCAGUCCUCCGUGGAGGCUGUGGUGAUUGACGUCACCCCAGAAACGCCAUCAGUCAUUGCUGAAGCCAAAAAGGAUGUUGUCUUCCUUCUGGACGGUUCUGACGGAACAAGGAAUGGCUUCCCGGCCAUGCGCAAUUUUGUUGAGCAAGUGGUGGAGAAACUCAAUGUGGGCGUAAACAAAGACCGUGUCUCUGUGGUCCAGUACGGCAGAGAUCCAGAGACCAGUUUCUAUCUGAACACGUACACCGCGAGAGAGGAUGUUGUGAAUGCGCUCAGAGGACUCAGACACAGAGGAGGCAGACCCCUCAACACUGGGGCCGCCCUCCAAUAUGUCAGGGACAACGUCUUUACAAACUCCUCAGGGAGCAGGCGCUCGCAAGGUGUUCCGCAGAUCUUGAUCCUGCUAAAUGGCGGCCGCUCUUUUGACAGCGUUGCUGCGCCAGCCUCUGCUCUCAAACAGCAGGGCGUCUUUACCAUCAGCAUUGGAACACAGAACUCUGACAGCAGCGAGCUGCAAAAGAUAGCCCAUGACCCUAGUCAUGCUCUAGCAGUGUCUGAGCUCACUGACCUCCCCAGUGUCCAAGACCAGCUCUCCUCGGUAAUAAACAGGGUACUCAGAGCCACGCCCAUGACACCAACAGUGACCGCGGAGAGACCGAGAGGAAGGGAUGUGGUUUUCUUGUUGGACGGCUCUGAGGCCACAAGAAACUCAUUCCCAGCUAUGAGGGACUUUGUCCAAAGAGUCGUAGAGACACUGAGUUUGGAUGACGACAAAGAUCGCGUCUCCCUGGUUCAGUACAGCAGAGAUGCGGCUGUCCAGUUCUAUCUGAACACAUACACCACAAAGGGCGAGAUCCUUGACAUAGUCAGAGGACUGAGGCACAGAGGCGGAAGACCCCUCAACACCGGGGCAGCUCUCCAGUACUUGAGGGACAAUGUCUUCACAGCCUCUGCCGGCAGCAGACGCCUCCAAGGUGUCCCGCAGGUCCUAAUCCUGCUGAGCGGCGGAAGGUCGCUUGACAGCGUGGAUGCGCCAGCUUCUGCUCUCAAACAGCUGGGAGUGCUGAUCUUUGCCAUCGGAAGCAGGAGCUCCGAUAGCGGAGAGCUGCAGAAGAUAGCCCACGACCCCCGAUACGCGCUAUCGGUGCCUGAAUUCACUGACCUCCCCUCUGUAAUGAACAGGUUGUUAAGUGCUGUGUCCAUGAGACCAUCAGUAACUGCCGAGUCACAAGGCCCCCGGAGAGACAUCAUCUUCCUCGUCGACGGAUCUGACGGCGUUGGAAGAGAUUUCCCUAUCAUCCAGGAGUUCAUACGUAGGGUUGUUGAGAAUCUGAACGUGGGCGAAAAUAAGAUCCGAAUCGGCGUGGUUCAGUUUGGCGAUUACGCAAAUCCUGACAUGUAUCUGAACACACAUACAACCAAAGAAGCAGUCUUGAAUACUGUCAGGGGAUUAAGGCAGCGGGGAGGAAGACAGCGCAACCUGGGUCAGGCUUUACAGUUUGUCAGUGAUGAUAUGCUGACAGCUGCACGAGGUAGCAGGAAACAAGAAGGUGUACCACAGUUUUUGGUUGUUGUCUCCAGUGGGUCGCCAACAGAUGACAUCAAUCGUCCGGCAACCACCCUCAAGCAAUCGAGGGUCAUUCCUUUCAGCAUUGGAACCAGAGACGUGAACCCUAAAGACUUGCAAAUCGUCUCCUUUGUGCCCAACUUUGCUUUCACUGUAGAUGAUCUCCCAAGCUUGGAUACAGUCCAACAAAACGUAAUCAAUAGGCUUACGGAGUUAUCCGAUGAUGACAUCGCCAGGAUCGUCCCACAAUUCCCUAUCAUUGAAGAAAUUGUACCAAGCGCAGGUGGAGAGAAGAGCGAUGUUGUGUUUCUCAUCGACGGUUCAAGUACAGCACGAAAUGACUUCCCUUCCAUUCGUGAAAUGAUCAAAAGAGUUGUGGAGAAGUUGGAUGUUGGAGAGGAUAAAGUCAGAAUUUCAGUUGUACAGUAUAGCGACGACACAAAGGUAGAAUUUCUCCUAAAAAAAUAUUACACCAAAAACGAAGUACGCCAGGCUGUGACGGAUCUUCGAAGCAUAGGAGGAAGCCGCUUGAACACAGGUCAAGCUCUUGAGUGGGUCUCCCGAAACAUCUACCAGAGGUCCGCGGGAAGCCGCUUAGAAGACGGAGUACCUCAGUUUUUGGUUGUAGUUACCGGUGGACCCUCUGCAGAUGAUGUUACAGCUCCAGCGGACCAACUUAAGAGAAGCCAUGUUGCACCUAUUGCCAUUGGUUCAAGGAAUUCAGACAUUGAUGAGCUGAGGAAAAUUUCCCUGAAGCCUGAACUUGCAUACACAGUCGAAAGUUUCCAGCAGCUUCCGGCCGUUGAGCAGCGGCUCAUUAAUUCAGUCAAAACCAUGUCUGCGUCUGAUAUCAUCGAAAGCUAUCGCCCUCCGGAUGAGGUCUUCGAUGUGUUAGAUGUUGGGCGAAAGGACAUCAUUUUCCUCAUUGACGGCUCAGACAACACAGGCGCCACGGGUAUCGCUCACAUUCGUGACUUCAUAUUGAACCUCGUCAAACAACUUGACGUGCGACCUGACCAAGUGCGUGUGGGCCUUGUCCAGUACGCCGACGGAGUCAAACCAGAGUUCUCGCUCAAUUCACAUGGCGCCAAGCCAGACGUUAUCACGGCCGUCAGAAAACUACGCCAAAUGGGCGGUCGCUCUUCCAACCUGGCUGAUGCCAUUGAAUAUGUCAUACAGAAUGAGUUAAAGCCCUCUGCCGGUGUUCGUCCAGUGGAAGCCUCCCAGCAUCUUGUGGUUCUCACAGGAGGACGUUCCCCACAAGAUGUGUCUCUCUAUGGACCUUUGCUAAAGGGAUCCAAAGUCAACUGUAUUGGUAUUGGAGCAAGUGGGGCAGACACAAGGCAACUUGCCCAAAUUGCUAAGUCAUCAGAAGAUGUCCUUCAGGUUCGUACGUUCCCUGGCCUGCCGGAAAUCAACGACAGACUUGUUGCCAGACUGAAGGGGACCCUCCCUGUUGACCCCACCCCAGAAGAGAUUCCCACACAAGGACUACCUGCAUCUAAGAAGGCUGAUAUCGUGUUUUUGGUGGACGGCUCCAUAAACCUGGGCAGAGAAAAUUUCAAUAAAGUGAUGGCGUUUGUCGCCGAACUCGUUGACCUGUUCUACACUGACAGAGACAACCUGCGGAUUGGACUGGCGCAUUAUGGGACCGACGUGUCGGAUGUGUUCUACCUUAACACCCACAAUAACAAACCAGACAUUAUUAGUGCCAUAGAGAGUGCAGAUUAUAAAGGGGGACGUAGAAGCAACACGGGGGCAGCCAUUCGACACAUUCAAAAUGUUCAGUUUUCCAAACCGAAGGGCAGCAGAAAAGAUGAAGGCACUCCUCAGAUCCUCAUGCUCAUCCAAGGAGGGCCGUCGUCUGAUGACGCCAAAUCAGCUGCACUUGGCUUAAAGAAGAGCGGUGUGCGAAUCUUUGCUGUUGGAGUGGGGGACAUGGAGAAUGAGCUAGAGACCCUGGCCAGUGACUCCUCCACUGUGGCCAGAGCCAGAACCUAUCAGGAGCUCUCCGAACUCAAUGAGCAAAUCCUGGGCACGUUAGAUGACGAAGUGAAGGGCAAGCUGUGCGUUGGUGUACAAGAAGCUCCCAGAGCCUGCAACCUCGAGGUGUUGGUGGGCUUCGACGUUUCUGCCCAGAAUAUCUUCAGUGCCCAAACCAAUCUCCUGAGCAAAGUGGGCGCCAUUCUACAGAGGAUCGCCAAAAUGUCGACCAUCAGUUGCUCGUCGGGGCAAAUUCCCUCCAUUCAAAUUGGCAUGCUCGCCAUCGACUCCACCGGGCAGCCCAUCCAGGUGGACUUCUCCGACAAUCCCAACAAGCUAUUGGAGGCCUUUAGAGGCCUUCGCAAUCGUGGCCCCUUUGUUCUCAGUGGCAAGACCAUCUCGGCUUACACUGACAGAUUCCGAAACCGACAAGAUGAUGCCGUCAAGGUUGUUAUUCAUCUGACUGAUGGUAUCGAUGCACCCUAUCCUGAAAUGAAAAGGCGAAUUGCGGAGCUCCGCCAAUCAGGAGUCAGCAGUUUGAUUCUGGUCGGCCUGGAACGCGUUCCCAGGUUUGAAGACGCUGCGUUGUUGGAAUUUGGCCGUGGCUUUAGGUACACCAGACCCCUACGACUUAACAUCUUGGACUUGGACUACGAGCUAAUGGAGGAACUGGACAAUAUUGCAGAGAAGGAGUGCUGUGGAGUGCCGUGCAAAUGUACAGGCACAAGGGGAGACCGAGGCUCCAUCGGAGUUUCAGGCCCUAAGGGUCGUCCGGGUGGCGCAGGAAGCCAAGGACAUCCUGGUGAUGAGGGCGGACCGGGAGAGCGAGGUCCUCCUGGUGUGAAUGGAACUCAGGGCUUCCAGGGAUGUCCUGGGCAGAGAGGUUUCAAGGGUUCUCGAGGAUAUUCUGGAGAAAAGGGCGAAUCUGGAGAAAUUGGCCUGGAUGGAAUUAAUGGUGAAGAGGGCAAAAGUGGAGUGGCUGGGCCCUCGGGAGACAGAGGACAUUCUGGCAGUAGAGGUCCUAAAGGCAUCAAAGGCCAAGCGGGAGACAAAGGCGAACUGGGAAUCAGAGGAGACCCUGGUACAAGUGGAGUGGAUAAUAACAGAGCCGGACCAAAAGGAGACCCUGGUGAUGCGGGACCAGCGGGCGAUCCCGGCGAGGACGGAAACAAGGGAGCAGCUGGAGAACCAGGAAGAAGGGGAGCGGAUGGGAGACGAGGCGCGCCGGGACAAGCUGGGAAGUCGGGACCACCUGGAGUUGACGGUGUGAGGGGGGAACCUGGAAUCGGAGGAUCAAGAGGUCCGGCUGGACCAAACGGUGCACCAGGACCCAGAGGAGAAGAUGGAAAUCCUGGACCCAGAGGUCCCGGGGGAAGCCCAGGUGCUUCGGGAGAAAAGGGAAGAAGAGGACCAGUCGGUCGCAAGGGAGAGCCUGGAGAUCCGGGAAUUAAAGGCGUCAUCGGACCGUUGGGACUCCGCGGAGAGUCUGGAGAAGAUGGCAGGGAUGGAUUCGGCAUCUCGGGGCCCAAAGGAAGAAGGGGUGAUGAAGGCUUCCCAGGGUUCCCGGGGCCAAAGGGAGAAGCUGGUAACGCAGGAACCAAGGGUGCACCUGGUCCUCGAGGAAAUCUUGGGCAGAGGGGCGUUUCCGGAAAUGCCGGAACGGGCGGGCAGAAGGGAGAGGUCGGCUAUCCGGGGCCUUACGGUCUGAAGGGGCCGAGAGGACCGGGAGUUGUGCAAUGCGACCUCGUCAAGAAGAUCAGAGACAAUUGUCCCUGCUGCUACGGCAAGCUGGAGUGCCCCCUGUACCCGACGGAGUUGGCCUUCGUGCUGGACGCGUCCAACGACGUGGGGCGGCCGGCCUUCAACGGCAUGCGCGAGGCCGUGCUGCGGCUGGUCAACGGCAUCACCGUGUCGGAGAGCAACUGUCCGCGAGGUGCCCGCGUGGCCCUGGCGCUCUACAACAGCGAGGUGACUACCGAGGUGCGCUUCAGCGACGCGCUGAAGAAGCGGGCGCUGCUGCGCCACGUGGAGGGCCUGCAGACACUGCAGACCAACAAGCGGCGCAGCCUGGAGACGGCUAUGAGCUUCGUGGCGCACAACACCUUCAAGAGAGUGCGCAGCGGCUUCCUGGUCAGGAAGGUGGCCGUCUUCUUUGUGGGCGGCUCGGUGGCCAACGCCCAGGCCGUCACCAACGCCGCGCUGCGCCUCCACGACGCCGGCAUCGCCACCUUGUUCUUGGUCAAGAGUGACGACAGGGCGCUCACCAGAGCCUUGCAGGUGAACAACACAGCUCUGGCCCAGGUCAUCGUCAUGCCCAACCCAGGAAGUGCCCAGUUUAAUUCAGUCAUGACAAAAGUCAUGAACUGCCAUCUUUGUUUCGACAUCUGCGCCCCUGACCAAAUGUGCGACUACAUCCCGCCCUCGCCCGGUCGAGACAGAAGGUCUUUCACCACCGACGUGGACAUCGACAUGAGCUUCGUGGUGGACAGCUCGGAAAGCACGUACCCCGCCGUCUUCACCGAGAUCAAACGCUACAUCGCGCACAUGGUGGAGCACCUGCAGGUGUCCUCCAGCCCCGAGACGUCCCCUCACCACGCCAGAGUGGCCGUCCUCCAGCAGGCGCCCUACCAGUUCAUCCACAACCACACCAAGAUACCCGUCCACGUGGACAUCGGCCUGACCGAGCACCAGUCGGCGGAGGGCAUCGUCAAGUUCCUGCUGGACAAGACGCCGCAGCUGGAAGGCGGACGUUCGUUGGCGGCCGCCAUGGAGUGGACGGUGGAGCACGUCUUUGAGAAGGCGCCCCUGCAGCGGCCACGCAAGGUGUUGAUGCUCUUUGUGACGGGCGGCGUGGAGGAGCUCGAGGAGCAACUGGUACGCGUCGCCAUCGACAUCAAGUGCAGAGGCUACUUUUUGGUCAUCUUUGGCGUCGGCGAGAAGCUGAGCGCCGGCGACGCUCGCGUCCUGUCCCGCAUGGCCAGCGAGCCCACCGACGUCUUCUUCAAGAGGCUGGACACCAUCUCGCAGUUUUACGAUAAGCACCUGCGCACCUUUGGACAGAUGCUGCCCAAGUACAUCAGCAUUGAAAACGCUUUCUUCAUGUCCCCUGAAGUGUCCAAACACUGCAAGUGGUUCCAGAGUGACCAGCCCCUAAAAAACCCUUUCACCACUUUGGCACGCCAACCCGAGAGCCACACAAAACAACACGAAAAGCAGCAGGAAUCUCAUCCAGUAAAGCACAAAGCGAUGGACCCCGAGGAGCUUCACGUGUCCAACGUGACGCGUAGCGGCUUCAAGUUGCGUUGGACCAACCCGGACCCCAAGAACUUUGUCUACUUCCAAGUGACGGUGACGCGACUGCGCGACCACGCCUUGGCCGUCAAGACCAACGUGUCGGGCUCCGAGCUGUCCGUGGACAAGCUGGAGAGCGGGCAGACGUACCACGCCGUGGUGACGGGCCACGGCGCCGACGGCCACGUGCUCGCCACCCACAAAGGCGUCGUGACUACCAAGGCAGCGGCGCAGCGGCCAAUCAUCAGCAGCCAGGUCAUCACCGCUCCAGUCAACACGCCACUGGACAAACCAGCCACAGUGCCGGAGCCUGAACCCCAGGAGCAACAAGUAGGCAAAGCGGCGGAGCGCCAACCAGCUCCAGCGGCCUCAACAACCGUGGACAUUUGCCAACUCCCCAAGGAGGAGGGCACGUGCGCCAAGUUUGUCCUCAAGUGGCACUACGACGCACCUAGCAAGAGCUGCGCGCGCUUCUGGUACGGAGGCUGCGGCGGGAACCAGAAUCGCUUCGACACGCAUGAACAGUGUGCCAAGGCUUGUGGACAACCAGCGCCCUUCAAGCAAGGGGGGAUGGCUUCGCUAAGCACAUAAGGAGCCGCGUGGCAGCCGUGGCCAGCCAGCCCGUCCGUCCGUCCGUCCAUGCGCUUUGAGGAGAACCAUCCACCACACUGGUCAUACUGUACGAAUGGAGGCUGCACUGGAUUCCACACAAAUGGACUUGACCCCACCCGCCCCAAUAGCUUCAGCUAGUCAUUUCACUUCUUUCAGUUCCCUCGUCACAAAUGAAAAACAACACCAUUUGCCGCAUGAUAUUUGUUUGUUUUUUUAAAUCUACUGGUGCUACUUAGUGUUUGUUUUGCAGAUGGUAAUGAUGUGCAUUUUGUUUUGUACAGUCAAGUCGUCCGAUUUACCGUAGUGCAGGUUAUUUUUUACUUCAGCGGUAAAAUAUGUUCCAGCCAUUUCAGGAUUUGCAUGAAUUACUACACGAAGCUUCUUAUGUCGUAUAUCGAUAGCCACACACAAAACGUUGACACGAGUCUUGUAUUCAAAAUGGUAGCAAGUGCUAGAAUGCAAGUAGAUGAAGUGCACACAAGAGCUACUGCCUCAAACAAACCAAAGCAAUAUCAAGAUAGAAUGUAUUUGUUCAGCUGUCUUUGUUCUUUGUUUCAUUUACGGAAAUUUGUGUUUCAUCUGACUUAUCAAACACAAAAUAAAACAGACUUUCUAAUAACCAUUC